UAUCACUUCAGCUGCUGCAGCCGAGCAACCGAAUCACAAAACCCUAGCCAUGGCGACGAAACCAGCAAACGAAUCCGUUCAAUGCUUCGGACGUAAGAAGACGGCCGUCGCCGUCACCCACUGCAAGCGCGGCUGCGGUAUGAUCAAGCUCAACGGCUCCCCGAUCGAGCUGUUCCAGCCCGAGAUCCUCCGGUUCAAGAUCUUCGAGCCGGUCCUCCUCCUAGGGAAGCACCGUUUCGCCGGCGUGGACAUGAGGAUCCGCGUCGACGGCGGCGGUCACACUUCACAGGUGUACGCGAUUCGUCAGAGCAUCGCCAAGGCGUUGGUUGCGUUUUAUCAGAAGUAUGUUGAUGAGCAGUCGAAGAAGGAGGUGAAGGAUAUUCUGAUUAGGUACGAUAGGACUCUGCUGGUGGCGGAUCCGAGGAGGUGCGAGCCGAAGAAGUUUGGUGGGCGUGGUGCUCGUUCUCGUUUCCAGAAGAGUUACCGUUAAAAAAAACUGUGGGGUCUUUGUUGUCUCAAUGUGUUUUGCGUUUUCUUUCAUGGUUAUUGGAUAAUGGUUACAAUGUUUACUAUCUCAUUUUCGAUUUGAUGAAAUCGAUUGGUCACUUGCUUGAA